UCUCCUCUGCUGUCCUGCGGUAACAUUGUUGUGGAACGACGUCACAGCUCGAAAAUGAAGGCGCAGAGGCAGCCAUUACUGGAGCUUCUCUAAUUAUUUUAUUCCUAAUAAAUACUCGCGGAAAAAUCCCAUGGCAAGAGCUACAAGUCAACUGUAUGAUGUUGUGCCCAUUCAGCCCAACGUUGUCAUUUGUUCCUGCUCACAUCCAUCGAUGGUAAGAAAUCACCCUGACUCCUGCUCGCCACUUGCUAUCCCAGGCGCAAGCAGCAGUCACAGCCCCAGCAUGGACAGCUCAGCCUCAGAGGCAUGUGCUGUAGGAGCGUCUGCUAGCAGCCAGGGCUCAGACAUCCGCACACAGCCAGCCGUCCAAGCCCCUCCACCACGGAAGAAGAAGCCUGAAGACUUCAAGUUUGGCAAGAUACUAGGAGAGGGCUCCUUCUCGACGGUUGUCCUGGCAAGAGAGCAGGCCACUGGGAAAGAAUAUGCAAUUAAGAUUUUAGAGAAGCGCCACAUUAUGAAGGAGAACAAAGCCCAGUACGUGAAAAGAGAAAGGGAUUUGAUGUCAAGUCUAGAUCACCCAUUCUUUGUCAAGCUCUACUUCACAUUUCAAGAUGAUGAGAAGUUGUAUUUUGGUCUCAGCUAUGCUAAGAAUGGCGAGCUGCUGAAAUACAUUCGCAAAAUUGGUUCAUUUGAUGAGAACUGUACUAGGUUCUACUCGGCUGAAAUAGUUUCUGCUCUAGAAUACUUGCACAGUAAGGGGAUAAUACACAGAGACCUGAAACCAGAAAAUAUUCUCUUGAGUGAAGAGAUGCACAUCCAAAUAACAGAUUUUGGAACAGCAAAACAGUUAUCCUCAGACAGUAGACAAGCCAGAGCAAACUCCUUUGUUGGAACAGCACAGUAUGUGUCUCCAGAGCUGCUAACAGAGAAAUCAGCCUGCAAGAGCUCUGACUUGUGGGCUUUGGGAUGUAUUAUCUAUCAGCUGGUGGCUGGUUUACCACCAUUCAGAGCUGGAAAUGAGUAUCUAAUAUUCCAGAAGAUAAUAAAACUGGAGUAUGAAUUUCCAGAGAAAUUCUUCCCCAAAGCCAAGGAUCUUGUUGAACAGCUUUUGUCAUUGGACCCUUCCACGCGGAUUGGAUGUGAAGAGAUGGGAGGGUACAACCCACUGAAGCAGCACCCCUUCUUCGACACCAUUUCCUGGAGUGACCUACAUUUACAAACGCCCCCUAAGCUCACACCCUACCUGCCAGCUAUGUCUGAAGAUGAUGAGGACUGCUAUGGAAAUUACGAUGACCUCCUGAGCCAGUUCAGCAACAUGCAGGUAGCCCAGUCCAGCUCAUCACACUCCCUGUCACCGCAUGAUUCUGCACCCCCACAGAGGUCCAGCAGCAACAUUGAGCAGUACAUCCACGAUCUGGACAGCAACUCUUUUGAGCUGGAGCUGCUGUUCACUGAAGAAGAAAAACAGUUAUUGCUGGACAAACAGACCACUGGAAACCCCUGGCAUCAGUUUGUGGAAAAUAACCUGAUCCUGAAAAUGGGCCUGGUGGAUAAACGCAAGGGUUUGUUUGCUCGUCGGAGACAGCUGCUUCUUACUGAAGGACCACACCUGUACUAUGUGGAUCCUGUCAACAGGGUCCUGAAAGGGGAGAUUCCUUGGUCCUUGGAAUUGCGCCCUGAGGCCAAGAACUUUAAAACCUUCUUUGUUCACACGCCUAACCGGACAUACUAUUUGAUGGACCCCAGUGGAAAUGCAGACAGAUGGUGCAAGAAGAUUCAGGAAGUGUGGAGAAAAAUCUAUCAAAGGCACCAAAACCCUGGCCUAUAGGAGCAUAGUUUGAUCUGUGCCCACUCCUUUUUUUUUUUUUUUUUUUUCCCUUUGGUUUUUUUUUUUUUUUUUCCUUUUUUGUGUUGUUUUUCUAUUUUUUAAGCUCUGAGGCCAAUCACUGAUCAGAGUAACACCCUCUUUAGUGCCCUUCAUUACCACAAUGUAAACGAACUCUUAGAGACGCUGGCAUCUAGAUCUUGUUUUCCUGAGUCGAACCAUGGGAAAAAUACUUUGGAUUCAGGGUUGCUUUGCUUGUUCUUUGUGCUUUGUGUGAGGCUUCUAUUGCAUUUUCCAUGUGUGGAUGAUAAGACUUCCAUCAUGCACAUCUGCUUUUUGUACAUUUUGCAGGGGAAAGAGAUGGGCAAGCUUGUCUUGUAGUGAGAAAAACUUGGGUACUGCUAGGACUAUUUCGAAUGCAAGGACUGGUUUCCUCCUUCAAUGAUAGUAUCUCCAUCUAGCUUUAUUGAACCAGAGCCCAUCAAGAUAUCUUAAUUAAACCAUAUCCUAAUCCUACAUUGUAUGUGCAAGCUGUAGUUAAAAACCUGACUUUUCAUGCAUAAACUUUAUAGUUGUAACAGAUACUGCAAUCCAAUUCAGUUCCAUGCCUUUACCUAACUUAAAUCCUAUAUAUAUUUUUGUCAGAGCCCAAUUAUUCCCAAGGUAUUUGACAUGUUUUCUCAGUCUGUUGGUACUUAUUGCAGACCAAUUAAGGUCUCUGCAUAAUAAAGCAGAAUGCUGGUCUGCAGUGAAACAUUGGUCAAAAUCAGUCUGUGUGAGCCUUGCAUAGCUGUUACUGAGGACAUUCUUGCUAACUGGGGCGGGUAAACAUGCCACUAGCUUGUACUUCUUAAUCAUAACUUGCUUAUCUUUCCUGCAUGGCCAGUUUUGUAGCUCAGCCUUGUCCGCUUAUCUCUUAGGGCACUGGAGAUAUAGUUUAUUCAAGUUUAAAGGUGAGUAUUUUGGACUGUAUUGGCAACCAUAGCAAAUAUUAUUGAAUGAUUUGGUUGCUUUGUACCAUUCACUGGCUUUGUGGUGUGAAUUCUUCAAUUUCUUUCUUUUUUUUUUUUUUUUUUUUUGGUGGAUUAGUUGACUCAUCUUCAGUAUGUCUUAUUGAAAAUUAAAAUCUUAUGUGCUGUCCACCCCAUGCUGAACAGAAAACCUCCAACAGAGAUGCAUAUGCAUACUAUCAUUCUUGGAAGCAAUCGCAGAAAAAGCUGUUGUCCCUGGACAAGAUGGUGCAACUGCCUCCCUGGGCUUUUUGGCCCAGUCUUUUUGUUUGUUUCAUUCUAAUGUUUUGCCCAAUAGGAAUUAAAGCAAUUGAUUUAACUUUUUUUCCUUUUCUCUUUUUUUUAUUUUUAUUUAUUUAUUUUUUAUUUUGCAACAUGUAUUAUCAUAAUGCUUUUAAUUUUCUGAAAUAGUACCUUAAGGUCCUUUCCAAAGGCUCUCUUCCUUCAGCUGAGUCUGUGUGUGCAGUGUGACUGGAGUAUAAGUGAAUUGGACCCUGAGGCCCAGGGCUCGAUGUGGUUGGAUGUCAGUUAAAGGAUAUCUAUCUGAUCCAAAUGACCGAUUAAAUUGCUGUAUCUGUCUAUAAAGUUGAGGAAAUGCCAGAAAGGUGUUUCCCUCUAAAUAGAUAAAUUGUUUGAAUCAAGUUGAUGGCAGUCGGUUACAUUGUGUAUGGAAUACUCUACAUGGCUUGUAACUGACUAGAACUGUGAUGUACAGAUGAUGUAUUAUUAAAUCUGAAGCAAGUAAUGCAAUGAUAUUAGGAUACAGUUUUUGUAUUUUUAUUCUUGUAUAAGGUUAUUGAUGGCUAUUGUUUAGCCUAUAGUUCAUUCUGUGUUAUUUAAAUUCUAAUAUAUGAAUCAUAUUUGGAUUGAAGUCAUGUUCAGGGGCCAUGUUGUGUAUGUAUUGAGAUGUAAAGCCUUUGAAUGUGAAUAAUUAUUGUAAACUAUAAUAUUUUACAGCUUUUUUCUUACUAUAUCAUACAUUUUCUAUUUGCUCAGUGAUUUAAUCAUAUUCUGAUAAUUUAAUGAAUCUGUUCAUUCUCUCUCUGAUUAUUUGUGCGCUAGGUCAGUAGAUGUUGAAUGAUGAAUUUUCCACAUAAUGCUUGGUAGUCCAGUAAUUAAAGCAUGUAGGGAUUUAGGCAUUCAAAUGAAAGCCAUGUGUCCUGUCUUCUGUUAACUUCAGCCACGAUACAAACGGCGUCCAGUGGCGAUGACGUCUCAUGUUGCAGCAUGUAAAUAAAGUACCGGCCCAUUAUAA